AUGGGUGGGGAGGAGUUGCUAUCCGAUUUAGAGAAAGGUCAAAUUUCUGCAGAACAGGGACAGGGACUGCCAAAUCGCAAAAUCGCUCGAGACUUGGGCCGAUGCCACUCAUUUGUCGACAGUUACGUCAGGAAUCCUAACAAGUAUGGAACCAAAAGAAGAAGCGUCGAAUGCAACGAUGUAAUGAACGGAAAUCAAGUCCUCUCCGAAGUUCAAUGUCCCAAAGUUUACCGUUUGGAGUAUGAUAGAAAAAGUCCGUUUAUCGCUGAAAUGAGGAAGGCAUCUCACAUGACCCAAAAGCAUCGCAAUAACCGGGACAGUCCAACUCUUGAUCAGGACAACGACUAUAAGGACUACGCCGCCAUCGCCGGGAUGCCAGAAGACCCUGCAAUGAAGGACGUGCUGCAAAUGAUGGCAAAGUCUACAACUGCACCGCAAGAGGCUCUAUUCGACAGUCUCUAG